CAAAUCUGUUAAAAUAUUAAAACUGUACAUUGCUAGCAUAAAAAUAUCUAUUUCUAAUUGUUCGAUAGAUACCAUGAUAUUUCAUAGCAACAGAACUUUGCGCCUCAUGAUUCAAUAGUUAACAUCGGGUUUCUCACCUGAUACGUCCCUGAGCAGUUGUAUGUGUACACCGGUUAUAUAUUAUUGAUUUAUAUGUACAUACAACAGAGCUUUAUUGAUGUGUGAACUGCCGGAUUAAACACAUGUUGGAUAAUCUUCAAAAUACUUUAGAAAACAGUGCUUAUAUACAUGCGUAUUUCGUAGCCUGAUGACAGUAAUGUCACUAAUGUGAAAUAAAGGGUUCGUAUAUAUAGAAUGAAGUGCUGUCAUGGUGAUGGGAACACGCAGACGACAGCAACGCCUGAUGAAACGAGCUAUUUUACUUUUAAUAGCAGCUGUUAUAUGUUUUAUUUUGUUUUACCAAAUUGAUUGGUUGAAAGCAACAAAUUCGUCCAAUGAAUCACAUCUUUCGAAGAUCGACUACAAACCGGAGUCAACAGUAUCCAAGCGACGAGAAAAACUACCAGAACGACGGAAAAAGUUACCAGAACGGAUUUCCAUAGUUCAGGAAAUAACACAUAUAAGGGGCAUAGAUGCAUUGCAGAAUUAUUGUAACUCGCCCAUGAAGGAAACAGUGGGACAGGAAGGUACAUCUUCUAAAGAUUUUAAACUGAAAAUGGUACAUAUUUUUAUACGACAUGGUGAUAGAACGUCGAUCCAUAAUUUCCCUGGAUACAAGCCGGAAACUUAUGAUUGUAAGUUCAGCAGGUGGUACACAGGAAAUGACGUAAAAUUCAAAGCGUUUCCGUCGCGUAUGGAUCAAAUGAUGUCGUCUGCAAGGAGAAAAGAAAAUUAUUAUUUCCAGGGAUGGCCGACAUAUCCAAAGUUCGACACGUGCAUGGAUGCAGUUUUGACCAGCCGAGGAGCGUUGCAGCAUUUAAAACUAGGUCAACACAUCUUCAAGUCCUACAGCAAGCAUCACCAUCUUUUCGAACAACCACUGUCUAGUCAAAUAUACACUAUAAGUACGGGUACUAAAAGGACGUUUCAAAGUGCAGUAGCGUUUCUUUACGGUUUUGUUCCAAACUUUAACAUGUCUGAUGUAAGUAUAAACCACUCGAAAGACCUUCACUUUUGUUCGACGAAACAUGUGAAGGACUGCAAUUGUCCUCAUACGCGUGAUUUGUACAUACGCGCCUUAUGGUUCCAGAGCGCAAUGGGUAAAAAUAGUUCGUACUUUAAAGAUCUUCGAAAUUUCGUGAGUGAAUUGUUUAAAAUAGAUAAAAAUGAUUUAAAAUGGCUUUCGGGGAUAGCAGACGCUUUGGUCCCCACAUUUUGCCAUAACUUUACAAUUCCAUGCUCUACAUUCAAUCCCUCAAAAUGUGUGGAUCAUAAGUUGCUUGGUAAAAUAUGGGACGCCAUAACAGACAAAGAAUUUUCAAACUGGGAUGACCCAAGUUUUAAUUUUUUGAAGUACUGCAGUAUUAAAAUGACUCCCGUUUUGAUAGAGGUCUUUCACAGAAUAAAGGAACUAAUAGAAAAUAAAAAUACACCGAAAUUUAUUUUAUACUCUGGACAUGAUGUGACGUUGUCACCGUUACUCUACGUUUUAGGUUUGCAUGAUGGAAGAUGGCCGCCAUACGCCUCGCGCGUUGUCAUGGAGCUUUAUGAAAAUGAAAACGACCUUACUGAGGAAAAAUAUUUCUUAAAAUUUUUGUAUAACGGCCUUGACAAAACUGAAAAAGUCGUGUUCUGUAAAAAUAAGACGCUGAAUGGCCUGUGUAAACUUAAAUUGUUUAGUGACUUUAUAACUCAUGAAAUAUUGAAUAGAUUUGGUUACAGAGAUUAUGGUGACGCCUGUUUUGGGUGAAGCUGUGCUGUACAUAUAAAAUCGCAACGCAAGACGGCGUGAUCGCGGUUAUACUAUUGCCAUUUGAAUGGCGACAUUGUUAAGUUGGGUUGUGAUGAAACAAAAAAAGUAUACUCGAUUGUUUAGAUAAAGGGAAAAUACUUGUAUAAACUUUAUGUAUAAUAUAUUUAUUUCAAUAUCAUAAGACCACCGGUUUGCCUGUUCUUUCAUAAGAAUGGUAAACUCAAGAAAUGAAUAAGUCAAAGUUGGGGCCAUAUUUUUGAUCCCAUGUCAAAGAAAGACUGUUCGUGAAUGUUUUAUGAUGAUAAUUACUGCUGCAUUUUUUAGAGAAAAUGGUGAGACUUCGAAUGAAGGAAACUAGAAUGGAUGUAUUAUAAGAAAACCACUUUGUCAGUAUUUCCAUUUCGUGAUCGGUAGAUCUAGUGCUGUUUAUUUUUUUUAUCAGUGCAUUUUCUUUCUGAUUUUACGGGUGUUUUUCUACAUUCAGUUCUUUUAAUUCUAUACAAUUUUGUAUACCAAUAAUGAACAAUACAAUUUUGUCAUUAAAAUUUAUUUUUG